ACUGAAAAUGAAAUAUCUAAGAACACGUGGUUGAGUCGUAUUAAGAAUUUCGAAAGUAAACAAGUGAAAUUUCAAAAUUCCGAUGGAUUUUAACGUUGAAAAGGAAGGCGCAGAACAAAGUCGACUAGGGCUUGUAAAUAGUAUGACAGAAGAUAUGAAUUUCAGAACACCCUUUUGUUUUUUAUAUACAAAAUCUGGUAGUGUUCCGCAUAUAACACGUGAAGUACUUCAAUUUUUAAGUGAAAAGCAAAUACCAUUAUUAUUGCCCUUACCCAGUAUAGUGGAAUUAAAGAAUGCUGUUAUGAAUUAUGAUCAAAGUCUUUGCAAAUUUGUUGGUCUUAGUGAAUAUCCAAGUUUUAUCAGUGUACAAGAUCCGGCAGUAGUAACACCAUCUGGUUAUAACAACAAAAGUGGUGUUUCUGUAUGGAAACAUUCAGGUCGUGAGCAUUUACAUCCAACUGCUUUUAUGGAAAUUCAAGAAGUAUUUACACCACAUUGCUAUCAAGCUCUAUGUGACAGUGAUACUCCUCGGAAUUGUUCAAAGAAAAGAAUGCACCAUUCUGUACAACGUUCUCUUUCUUUUCUUGACAGUUGUUUAGAAAGACAUUUAUCAUCGCAAAAAUUAAAAAAUAGUUCAAUUUUUGGAACUGUACAAGGUGGAUAUGACCUAAAAGCACGAGAGUUUUCAGCCCGUGAAACGGCAUUGAGACCUGUUACAGGUUUUAUUAUAGAUGGUUUUCACCAGAAUGGUGAAGAAGCAGAAAAAAUUAAUUUGACAGAAGUAAAACCAAUAUUACAAAGUACUGUUUCAUUAUUACCAAAAACAAAAUUGAAAAUGAUGUUUGGAUCAUUUAAACCAUCCAUUGUUGUGGAAUUUGUAUUAUGUGGAAUUGAUGUAUUUGAUGCAUCAUAUGCAUAUUUAAGUACUGAGAGAGGAAAAGCUCUUGUAUUUCCUUUGACGUGGAAAGAUUCAAAAUUUACAUCUCCUGAAAUAGAUCUUACUUGUGAUGAAUAUAAAGACAAUUUUAAUUCUUUGUUGACAGACUGUAAGUGCUACACAUGCAGAAACUUUACUUGUGCCUAUAUACAUCAUUUAUUAAGUACAUCUGAAUUAUUAGCCUCUGUAUUACUGAUGCUUCAUAAUUUGCAUCAUUACUUGGAAUUCUUUACAUCAAUUAGAAAUGCAAUUGAACAAGAGAAAUUGAAAGAUUACAAGAAUGUCCUAUUGAAUGCUUAUAUAUAGUUAUUCAAUUAUGAUUUUCAAAUAUAGUUAAAAUUGUUUUCUCUGAAGGAUCUUUAUUUACAAAGAAUAAAAUACUAAAAUAUUGUUUAUCUUAUUACAUAAGUCAGUAUUCUGAGAUUUAUAUGAAAUUUAAGCACAGUAAUAUAUCUAUAUAUA